CGGCGGUGGUUGCGACCCCCAUUCACCACUCUAAAGGGUGUGUGAUGCGCGUGUGGAAAUCGCUCCUCUCAGGUUGCGCGAAAAAUUCGCGCCGUGUCGACCACCCCAACCGUCAAAGAUGUCGUCUGAUUGCUUGACGGUUGUGGAUGUGACGGAGGAGCACUUCGACGAUGCGAUUCAUCAUCUCAAAUGGAACUUCUUCGCCGACGAGCCGCUCAACAAUGCUGUCGGUCUCUGCAGCAAGGGCGAAUCACAGUACGAACUCGAGAGACAUUGUCUGCUUACCUUGAAGCAAGGCUACUCAAGGAUGCUGCUGGACAAAAAAGGAGCGAUAGCAGGUAUGGCACUAAAUGGAAUAUUGAAGAAGGGCGAACGCGAGGAGGCGGAACGACGUCUCGCCGAGUUGGACGACAAGAAGUUCAAGACGAUCUUCAGAUUGCUCUACAAGGUAAACGAAAAGGUCGACUUAUUCACCAAGUACAACGUCGACGAGCUGUUCGAAUGUCGGAUCCUCAGCGUGGACGAGAAUCAUCGCGGUAAAGGCCUGGCGAACAUCCUGAUGGCAGACAGCGUGGAAACCGCGAAGAACGCUGGUUUCAAGAAGCAACAUCGCGUCAAAAAGAAAAUAGUGAUUUUCUCUAGACAACGAUCAAUGUCACUACCGUGUUGAUCUGCUCCUUUGACGCGAUUUAUACGCGGGUAAAAUUUCCAAGGACGAUCAUGUUAUAGUUUAGAUCAAAUUUUGUAAAUAAAUUUCUUCAAACAAAAAAGAAGAGUAAAAUUAAUAUCAGUGGUGAUAUUGUCGAUUUCAAUGACCUUAACAUAUAAUA